AUACAUGAUCCAAUCCCCACAUCCAUUCCCGCCUAACAUAACGGCCGCGACUUCCCAUCACUCCCUCUCCCCCACCCACCCCCAAAAGAGACAGAGAGAGAGAGAGAGAGAGAGAGGGAGAGAGGGAGGUUAAAAUAGAAAGGGCUGCUGCAACCAAGAAUUCUCCGAUUGGCGGCCGGCAAUGUCGGCGGCGGCGGCGGUGGCGGCAGCAGCGGUAGCAGGGGCGGAGAAUGUGGUGGUGGUGGCGGUGAGGGCGGAGAUGGAGAUGUCGAAGACGGCCCUCGCGUGGGCCCUCACCCACAUCGUCCGCCCCGGCGACCUCGUCACCCUCCUCGCCGUCUUGCCCGACCGCGACGCCACCUCCGCCGCUCCAGGCUCUGGUUGGCGGUGGCCGAGGCGGUGGUGGGGAUUCCCGAGGUUCGGCGGCGGGGAAUACUGCAGGAACCGCAAUCGCACGGACGACAACCGUCACCGGAUCUCCGCAUCCGUCUCGCAGCUGGCGCUGCAGAUCGACGGACACAGUGAGGUAAAAGUGAGGAUAAAGGUGGUGGGCUCGGAGUCCGGCGCGGAUAUUCCGUCGUCGGCCACUGUGGCCGCCUCCGGCGGGGCCGUGGUGGCGAGGGAAGCUAAGAGAGUCGGAGCCAACUGGGUUGUACUUGACAAAAAACUGAAGCAGGAGGAGAAGCACUGCAUGGAGGAGCUGCAGUGCUGCAGCAUAGUGGUGAUGAAGGGCUCUCGUGCCAAAGUGCUGAGACUAAAUCUGGGAGGAUUAACUCAGAGUCGACCGUUCGAUCACUGCGAUAAUCGGACGAAGCAAUUGGUAUCCGUACUCAGUGUCGACUCUCGCAGCGAAAGCUCUUCUUCCUGUCGUCAGGAAGCUCGUACCGACAACACUUCAAGCUCUUCUGCGGCGACAGCAGGCGCGUAUGAUUCUGCGGUUGCUUGCCGCAAAUACAACCCACUUUUCGCGAGAAAAUUUGGUUACGGCAAACUUGGGUCUAUUGAGGAUGUCGACGAUUCGAAUGACACGGCCAGUACAUCUGAUUCCGAGAGAAGCGAAAGAGCAGGCCCACACUCAAUUCACCCCAGAUUACUAAUGGAUCUUCCAGAGGGUCAUGAAGCAGCAGCAGCAGCAGCAGCAGCAGCGGCGGCAGCGGCAUCGACUGCAGCAGCAGCUCGUCACCACGGAGUAUUCUACAUCCCCCAGAAUCACGCUUUCGUAGACGAAGCCGACACUCUUCUGAUCCGGCAAACCGGUUGCGUAGCUAACAAAACCCCGAAAGAGUCAUCAAAUGAAUCGAAUUCCGAGUACAACAACAUCUACAGCACGGAUGUUCGAGAGGCAGUCUCUCUGCACGAAAGAAGCCACCCGUGCAUCCCCCCUCCUCUCUGCUCCCUGUGCCACCACAAGGCCCCCGCUUUCGGGAAGCCGAUGCGACGGUUCGCGUAUCGGGAGCUCGACGCGGCCACCGACAGCUUCUCGAACAAGAACCUCGUCGGAGAAGGCCCGCUGGGACGCACGUAUAGAGGCGUCCUGGAGGACUCGCGGGUGGUGGUGGCCGUGAAGCGGCUCGGAGCGGUCGGCGGCUUGGGAACGGAAGAUGAAUUUUGCGCGGAGGUUGAGCUGAUGAGCCGGGCGCAGCACCGGAAUAUCGUCACGCUUGUCGGGUUCUGCGCGGAGGGGGACAGGAGGGUGCUCGUCUACGAGUUCAUCUGCAAUGGCUCCCUCGAGCUCCAUCUAUUUGGGCAUGAGCAAAGGCCACCGUUGGAUUGGGAAGCGAGGGUCAAGAUUGCACUUGGGGUGGCCAGAGGGUUGCGUUACCUCCAUGAAGACUGUAGGGUGGGGUUUGUAGUCCACAAAGACAUCCAUCCAAACAAUAUUCUCCUCACUCAUGAUUUUGAGCCACUGCUCGGAGGCUUUAACAUCAGUUCGUGGGAAGCGGAAAAAUCUCCUUCCAUGGAUUCUUACCUCACCAGAACUUUUGGGUAUCUGGCACCCGAAUACAUGGAAAACGGAGCUGUGACGGAAAAGUGUGACGUUUAUGCAUACGGAGUGGUACUACUACAGUUGAUAACGGGCCGCAGAGCCAUGGACCGAGCCCGGCCCAAAGGCCAACAGCUGCUUGUCGAAUGGGCCCGGCCCCUCCUGUUUUUGGCGUCCGGGGAGGUCCGGACGGCCGCCGUCGACCGGUUCCUAGACUCGCGACUCGACAAGAACCGAAUCCGGUUCAUGUCGCGGCAGCUCACGGCCAUGGCCCACGCCGCUUCGCUAUGCCUGAGGCGUGAUCCCGACACUAGACCCACUAUGUCCAAGAUACUGCGAGUGCUGGAGGGAUCGGAUGGUGUGGUCGAACCCAAGCUAGGGUUUGGUUUCGAGUCGGAGUCCGUCCGUAGCCAAAGUAGCCGCAUGAGCCAUCGAGUCAACAUGUUGCUGCACCGUGACAACAUGCUACGUUUUGGUGGGAGCUUCUCUAAUCGGAUUCCUGAUGAAGCUGUUCUUAAUGCUAUUUAUGCUGAGAGAAAUUGGUCCUACUUUCAUUGAUAAUUAAAUUUUAAAAAAAAUAGAAUUUUCCUUUCUUUCAUUCAAAUUCCUUGUCCAAAAUGUUCUUGUGUUGAGCUUCUUUGAGUAGCAUAUACGCAUAUUGGUUAAUACGUGCAAAACUUAACAGAAUUAUGAACUAUUUUGAG